AUGGACAGGCGUGGCAGCGAAGGGGAACCUCCGAGUGAGCUGCCCACUCCCUGCGUUCACUGCCCUCAGCUCUGUCCAGACUCACACAUGGAUGUGAGGGGUUUCAAGUGGGUGCGUUGGCGUGUGUGGCUGUGCAGGGUCCUGGCCGUGUUGACUGGGGGCCUCCUCACGCUGCUGUUUCACUGGCACCCGCGGCUCGGACUCCGUGCCCGCUGCUCUCCCUGCCCUUUAGCCCUGGCUGAGGUCCUGCUGAUACGAGACCGGGGGGACAAGCCGCAAGUAGUGGACGUUCUCACUGAAGAAAUGGAGGAGGGCAGUUGGGAGAUGUUGGGAGAGUUUGAAGACAAUGAGUCGAGAGACACUGUUCAACUGUAUCAACAGGACCAGAAAUCGCUGCUCCGGUACUACCUCCAUGACGGACUGCGAUAUGUGUGGCUGGACAGAAAGGGCGUGUUUGUUCGUGUGAGUAUCCUCAAUGAGGAUUGGACCGGCAAGGAUCUGCAUAGCUUUCAAAAAGGCUUGAGUCCACAGGAGCAGAUGUUCAGGAGGCAAGUGUUUGGGUCCAAUGUUAUAGACGUACCUGUUAAGUCUUACAUCCAGCUUCUGUUUGAGGAGGUUCUGAAUCCUUUCUACAUUUUCCAGUUGGCCAGCAUUAUCUUGUGGAUGUCUGAUCAAUAUUAUUAUUAUGCUAUAUGUAUAGUUUUGAUAUCCCUUAUUUCCAUUGGGGUUGCACUGUAUGAUAUCCGUAAGCAAAGCAUUACUCUCCACAACAUGGCGCGUUUGGUUGUGGACGUUCCGAUCCGCAAAAGUUCAGGAGAGGAGCAGCUGGUGAGUUCAGUGGAUCUGGUUCCUGGAGACUGUGUUCUGAUCCCUGCGGAGGGCCUUCUCCUGCCCUGUGACGCCGCCCUGCUGUCCGGAGAGUGUCUGGUCAACGAGAGCAUGCUCACCGGUCGUGUGACUGGUCAUGAGGAGAGAGGGGGGGGGCAGAGGAGAGAGGGGGGGCAGAGGAGAGAGAGUGGGCAGAGAGGAGGAGGAGAGAGAGUGGGCAGAGAGGAGGAGGAGAGAGAGUAG